ACGGGGCGGGCGGAAGACUGGUCGACGUUACCCGGGCCGGUGUCUUUCUCACUCCUGCCUUUGUAAGCACGCCGUCAUGGCUUCGGCUCUCCGUCCCGGCGCCUCCUCUCCCCCCGCCGCCUGCCUACUUCUGCUGCUCGGCUGCCUCGUCAUGCGCGGGGCUUCCAUGUGGCCGGAGGAGACGGAGGAGGACGGCGACGAGACGGACCCCCACUCGCGGCACCUCUACAACGCCGAGAUGCUGCGCCAUGGCGUCCAGAGCGCACCGCACUUCGUCAUGUUCUUCGCCCCGUGGUGUGGGCAUUGCCAGAGUUUCCAGCGAACUUGGAACAAACUUGCAAACAAGUACAACAACAUGGAUAAUCCACAGGUCUAUAUUGUAAAAGUGGACUGCACUACAGAUACACCAUUGUGUUCUGAACAUGGUGUCAGAGGAUACCCAACUCUAAAAUUACUUAGACGACACCAAGAAGAUGCAAAAUAUCAGGGACCUAGAGAACUUGAGUCACUAGAGAACUGGAUGUUGAAGAAAUUAAAAGAGGGAUAUGAUGAGGAAGAACCUAAACUGAAGCCAUCAAAAGCACCUGAUACAAAGCAAGGUCUUUAUGAGCUCUCGGCAGCUAAUUUCAAGCAACAUGUAGCCGAAGGCAAUCACUUCAUCAAAUUCUAUGCCCCUUGGUGUGGCCAUUGCAAGGCAUUGGCACCUACUUGGGAACAGUUGUCUAUGUCCCUUGAACGAUCAAAGUCUGUCAAGAUUGGAAAGGUGGACUGCACAGAGCAUUCUACCAUCUGCUCAGAAAAUCAGGUGCGGGGUUAUCCAACUCUGCUUUGGUUCAGAGGUGGAGAAAAGGUUGACCAAUACAAAGGAAAGAGAGAUUUAGAUUCUUUGAAAGAGUAUAUUGAAUCUCAGUUAAAAGAUUCCAAAGAAGCCAUGAAUGAUGCUAAACCCACCAAAGCACCUUUACCAGAAAUAACUCCUGAGGGCAAAGUUCUUUCCCUGUCUGAAAAAGAUUUUGAUAAAGAAGUGGCUAAUGGGAUCACUUUCAUCAAGUUUUAUGCUCCAUGGUGUGGACAUUGUAAAAACCUGGCUCCCAUAUGGGAGAACCUCUCAAAAAAGAACUUUCCAGGACCAGUGGAUGUGAAGAUAGCAGAAGUAGACUGCACUGCUGAACGCAAUGUCUGCAACAGAUUUUCAGUCCAUGGCUACCCAACACUCUUACUUUUCCGUAGUGGUGAGAAAAUAACUGAACACACAGGAGCCAGAGAUCUCGACACACUGCACAACUUUGUUCUGGGACAGUCCAAGGAUGAACUGUAAAAAUGUAGUGCUUAGUUACCGCUUCUUUAGCUGGGUCCAGUAAACUUGGAAGUUGAA